CGGACUCGGGGGCUUGGGCCCCGGGUGUGAAUCCUACCCGCCCCCCUAGAGCUGAGGGGCUGCUUAAACCGAAUGUCACCGUCUGUUUAAAAAGUCAGGUCAGGCCAGAGAUGAUUCAUCCGGAGAAACUGAACCCUGCCGGCCUCCAUCUGCACAAGCAAACUCAAGGAGCUUUUCUGCAGAAUCUCAUUGGUUAACAGCAGAAGAAAGGAACCAAGUUAUACAUGACCUCAAAGCUUCAGGAUGGUCAGAAUUAAACGAAAGAGAUGCUAUAUAUAAAGAAUUCUGUUUCAAAAAUUUUAAUCAGUAGGAAUCUCCACUUACUGCAUCCUGUCAGAAUGGAUUAGAGUGACAAAGCACAGGACUCACUUUGGCUGCAAUUUAGUUUUUGAUCAGAAUUAUUUCUUUCACAAACAAUCACAUUUGCUAAAAUGUUACAUCUGCUAUGAAAACCACUGGCAGUUCCUCAGUUUAUCAGUAUGAUGCUUUUGGAUUUAUGUCCCGAGUGGCACUACAAGCAGAAAAGAUGAAUCACCACCCUGAAUGGUUCAAUGUGUAUAACAAGGUCCAGAUAACUCUUAUUUCGCAUGACUGUGGUGGACUAACCAAGAGAGAUAUAAAACUGGCUCAGUUUAUUGAUAAAGCUGCUGCCUCUGUUUAACAUCUUGCAAAUCACAUACAAAUAAUACGAAAAUUUCAACUACAGAAUAUGUUCAAGGCAAUUUACAUGACCAAUUAAUUUUGAAAUUUCUGAUUUACCUUGUACUAAGAUAAAGAUGUUUUACAAUAAGGUCUUAAAUAUUAAAAUGAUUUGAACUUU